AUGGAGAACGGGGAACCAUCGCGGGGCGGCCAUAGUGAACAGCAACAGAAUGGCGUCCCCAAUGCGGAAAGUAACUGGAUUCAGGAGAUUUUUCGGCAGCAGCAGAUAUCCUUACACCAGCAGCAAGAAGCAUUUUUGCACCAGCAAGAGCAGUUAGUAACCAAAGUGCUUGCGACUAUGAAUGUGCGGCAGCAAUCAGGAUCGGAGCAAAUCAUCGAUGCGUUGGCGAAUCAUGUUAAAGAGUUCCGUUAUAAUCCGGAUGAUCGUGUACUAUUUGCCGGAUGGUUUACUCGCUACGGCAGUUUGUUCGAAGAGGACGCGAAGCAGCUGGACGAAGCCGCUCGUGUGCGACUGUUGUUGAGGAAGCUUGGGAUCGUGGAACAUGAGAGAUACGUCUCACACAUACUGCCAUCGAAGCCGAAUGAUUUUGAUUUUGCGGCGACUGUUGACAAGCUGAAGAAGCUGUUUGGUUCACCGAGCUCUGAGAUGGAAAGGCGUUAUAAAUGCCUUAAUCUUGUGAAAACGAAGCUGGAGGAUUUUGUAGCAUACUCGUGUCGCGUAAAUAAGGCUGUAGUUGAAUCGGAGCUUGGCGGAUUAUCAGAAGAGGAGCUGAAAUGUUUAUUGUUUGUGUGCGGACUAAAGGAGGAAUGUUAUGCUGAUGUGCGUACUCGACUGUUAAGCCGAUUGGAGGACAAACGAGUGACUAACCUUAGUCAAAUGACUGACGAAUGCAAGAGAUUGGUUCAACUCCAGCUGAAGGAUGAAGCUAUUCCUGUGUUCCGGCCCAAGCGACCAGUUGCAUACGCGAUGUUACAGGCUGUAAAUGAAGAGCUUCAACGCUUAGAGGAACGAGGAAUAAUCGCACGUGUGGAGCAUUCAGAGUGGGCAGCUCCCAUCGUGGUUGUACGAAAAGCGAACGGAAGUAUAAGGAUCUACGGUGACUAUUCCACAGGCCUUAAUAAUGCGCUGAUGGCGCAUCAAUAUCCGUUACCUCUUCCAGAAGAUAUAUUUACUAGCUUGAGCAACUGUACGGUAUUCAGCCAGCUUGACCUCUCCGAUGCAUUUCUUCAAGUAGAGGUGGAUGAAAAGUGUCGUGAGCUUUUAACCGUAAAUACCCAUCGCGGGUUAUUCAAAUAUAACCGAUUACCACCAGGUGUAAAAGCUGCGCCGGGAGCGUUCCAGCAAUUGAUGGACACAAUGGUGGCUGGUUUGGUUGGAGUAGCGGUCUACCUAGACGAUAUUGUUAUAGGAGGAAAGGAUAUGGCAGAUCAUGAUAAGAAUCUUCAUGCAGUAUUACAGAAGAUUCAAGAGUACGGGUUCACUUUGCGAGCAGAAAAAUGCAGUUUUCGCAAGUCCCAGAUUAAAUAUUUGGGUCAUUUGCUUGACGCUAAAGGAUUGCGUCCAGACCCGGAGAAGAUCAGUGCCAUUAUCAAGCUGCAACCACCAACUGACGUCUCGGGAGUGCGAUAA